AUGCUCUCUGCAAAGUGCAAAACAAAAGAAAACUGCAAGAACGUUUUAGGAGCCAUCAGAGGCCAGAGAGCUUCAGGAGCCAUCAGAGGCCAGAGAGCUUCAGGAGCCAUCAGAGGCCAGAGGGCUUUGACAGGAGCCAUCAGAGGCCAGAGCGCUUCAGGAGCCAUCAGAGGCCAGAGCGCUUCAGGAGCCAUCAUAGGCCAGAGCGCUUCAGGAGCCAUCAGAGGCCAGAGGGCUUCGACAGGAGCCAUCAGAGGCCAGAGGGCUUCAGGAGCCAUCAGAGGCCAGAGGGCUUCAGGAGCCAUCAGAGGCCAGAGCGCUUCAGGAGCCAUCAGAGGCCAGAGCGCUUCGACAGGAGCCAUCAGAGGGCAGAGCGCUUCAGGAGCCAUCAGAGGCCAGAGGGCUUCAGGAGCCAUCAGAGGCCAGAGCGCUUCAGGAGCCAUCAGAGGCCAGAGCGCUUCAAGAGCCAUCAGAGGCCAGAGCGCUUCAGGAGCCAUCAGAGGCCAGAACGCUUCAGUAACCAUCAGAGGCCAGAGGGCUUCAGGAGCCAUUAGAGGCCAGAGAGCUUCAGGAACCAUCAGAAGCCAGAACGCUUCAGGAACCAUCAGAGACCAGAACGCUUCAGGAGCCAUCAGAGGCCAGAACGCUUCAGGAGCCAUCAGAGGCCAGAACGCUUCAGUAACCAUCAGAGGCCAGAGGGCUUCAGGAGCCAUUAGAGGCCAGAGAGCUUCAGGAACCAUCAGAAGCCAGAACGCUUCAGGAACCAUCAGAGACCAGAACGCUUCAGGAACCAUCAGAGGCCAGAACGCUUCAGGAACCAUCAGAAGCCAGAACGCUUCAGGAACCAUCAGAGACCAGAACGCUUCAGGAGCCAUCAGAGGCCAGAACGCUUCAGGAGCCAUCAGAGGCCAGAACGCUUCAGUAACCAUCAGAGGCCAGAGGGCUUCAGGAGCCAUCAGAGGCCAGAGAGCUUCAGGAACCAUCAGAAGCCAGAACGCUUCAGGAACCAUCAGAGACCAGAGCGCUUCAGGAGCCAUCAGAGGCCAGAGCGCUUCAAGAGCCAUCAGAGGCCAGAACGCUUCAGGAGCCAUCAGAGGCCAGAACGCUUCAGGAGCCAUCAGAGGCCAGAACGCUUCAGUAACCAUCAGAGGCCAGAGGGCUUCAGGAGCCAUCAGAGGCCAGAGAGAGCUUGAGGGGUCGCCCGAGGCAACAGAAGGAAAACAGGAAUCUACAUAA